AUGUCGUCGGCCAUGCAGCAGCGCAAGGCCGAGAUUCUCGCCAAGCGAGCCAAACUCGCCGAACUGAAGCGGCAGAGGGAGCUGCGGCAGAAGGAAUUCUCCCAAGCCCGAGCUAACACCGGCGAUGCUUCUGAGGUCGUCUCGCCGGUUCCCAGCCGCGCAGAUAGCAGAGCCGAGCUCGAUGAUCUGAUUUCACGACUUGUUGACCGCCCGGGGUCGGCUUCUAUCAGCCACGGCGCGGAUGGUCUCUCACGCAAAGGAAGCAGACCCAACUCAGUGCUGAGCGCGAGCCAGCUCAGUGGUGAUAACACGGAAGCAUUUAUCCCACCCACGCGACCAGUCUCUCAGUCAAUUGCCGUUCAAACCGUCGGAACGGAGCCAUUUGUCGCUGCUCCUGAACCACAGCCCGCCCCUGAGCCCAAACCCGAGGUUGUCACCUAUAGCAAGGGAGUGCAGACAGACGACCUGAAACCGUCAGAUUCUGCAGAGUCAGAGAACGAAGAAAAUAACGCCAACAAGAAAGAUACCGAACGCGACGAAGAGAUCCUCAAGAAGCUCCGACAGGAGAUCGAAGAGGAGCUGCGGGCCACUCAGCAGAGAGCUGACCAUGACGCCGGAGCCGAGUCCUCAAAUCUGCGUUAUCCGCUACGUACAUUAGAUGAUGAUGAGUUGAAGGCUGUUACGUCCUCCGAUGAUUUUCUGGAUUUCGUUGAACGGUCAGCAAAAGUGAUCGAGCGGGCGCUGGACGAAGAAUACGACGUGCUAGCAGACUAUGAGCUCGGAGGUGUGGAUGGAGAGUUAGAAGACGAUGAUGAACAUGGGCGGAAACGGCGAGGGAUUAGGGAGGUCUGCCAAUUUUGGGACGAGCGAUGGAGCAAAAAACGGAUGAUCAGUGAUCUAAGCUUUUCCCCGAAGUUCCCUGAACUUGUUCUGGCUGCUUACACCAAAAACCCUUCUGCCCCUCACGAACCUGAUGGCCUUGUCCAAAUAUGGAACCAGCAUUUGCACUCCCGGCCGGAGUAUGUCUUUCAUUCUACCUCAGACAUCUUAGCGGCCAAGUUCUCCCCUUUCCAUCCUAAUCUCAUUGUUGGUGGCUCGUACUCGGGACAGGUUCUGCUCUGGGAUACUCGGUCGUCGCGCGCAGGAGGCGGCGCUCCUGUUCAGAAGACACCGUUAACUGGCUCUGGACAUACUCACCCGGUGUACAGCAUCUCAAUUAUCGGAACACAGAACGCCCACAAUAUCCUGACGGCAUCCACAGACGGUGUGGUUUGCGGUUGGACCGUUGAUAUGCUUUCUCAGCCUCAGGAGUAUCUUGAGCUUUCGACUCCCCCACCCUCCAAAACAGAAGAUCUUGCGCCCACCACGAUGUCAUUCCCACAAUCGGACCCCACGUUCUUUAUCGUUGGUACCGAGGAAGGAGGAAUAUACCCGUGCCAUCGUUACGACCGAGCAGGAGCCAAAGCUGGCACCGACCAUCGCCUCGUGUAUCGCGGUCAUAAAGCCCCGAUCAUGUCCACUGCAUUCCAUCCAGCACGAGGCCCAGUAGAUCUGGGCGACCUUAUGCUGAGCUCCAGUCUGGAUUGGAGCGUGAGGCUUUGGCGUAUUCGCCCUCCGGCAACGACUGCCCCAGCAACCUCGGCCAUAGCCACGACACAGGUCGUGGAGCCGAUCCUUGACAUCAACCGUGAAGACGUCGUGUAUGACGCACGAUGGUCGCCUCACCGCCCUGGAGUCUUCUCGCUCGUCGAUGGUGCUGGAAACCUCGAGGUCUGGGAUCUCUACACGGACACCGAAGUACCUGUCGUGAAAACCACGCCGUCCAAAGGCCGUGGUGGCAUCCUGACAAGAAGUCUCAACAAGGUAGCCUGGGAGGAGCGUGAGGGCAGACGCAUUGCAACAGGGGGGCUCGACGGCGUUGUCACUGUCUUCGAAGUAGGAAAGGGUCUCAGUGGUACACCGGAAGACGUGCCUGCCGAGGAGUGGUCGGGAAUGAAGAAACUCGUUGGGAAGUUGGAACAGCAGGACCGGAACAACUGA